CUUCUGUCUACUAUCUGUCAGAAAAAAAAAACAAAGAAAGAAAUGUAAUACGACAAAUACGAGAUGGCUGGGUUUCGGGAUAUAGACAAAGCAUUAUUUCCUAUAAAAAGCAUCAACACAGUCGUACAACUAUUCAGAAAUCAGCUAGAAAGCCCCUCGGUGCCCGAUCUCGCGCUGCUUUCCAUCGUAUCUGGCGUAAUUGAAAAUUCCUUAACUAGCCGGUCGAAUACCGCGCUUCAAGUAUGCGAACCAGUCGAACAAAACAAUCUGCCCGUUCUCGAGCUCAAGACAGUGGAAAUAUUAUAUAAUAAGUUCCGGAGCAUUAUGCUGAAUGCCGUCGAAGCGAACAAGUCGAAAGGAUUUGCUACCAGGGAGCUCGUUAAAAAGGUAUCUGACGUUAUUUGGAACUCUUUAACUCGAAGCUACUACAAGGACCGAGCACACUUACAAAGCCUCUACAGCUUUUUAAGCGGCAAUAAGUUGGAUUGUUUCGGAGUGGCCUUCGCAGUGGUUGCAGGUUGCCAAUGUCUCGGUUUCAACGACGUGCAUUUGGCGUUAUCGGAGGACCACGCUUGGGUGAUAUUUGGCGAGAACGGAACAGAAACGGCCGAGGUAACUUGGCACGGCAAGGGAAACGAGGAUAAAAGGGGCCAAGAAAUUGGCAAGGGGGUAUCGGCUAGAUCGUGGCUGUACGUUAAUAACAAGCCGGUGGUUUGUACGAGACACAUGGAAGUGGCUGCUUUAGUAUCGGCCAUUAAUCCUUCGUUAAAUUCGACUCACGAUGCUUACGAGGUGGCUUUGCUGCAACAGGAGCUGUUGUGGCUGUUGUACGAUUUAGGGCAUUUGAAGAAAUACCCGAUGGCCAUUGGAAAUUUGGGUGAUUUAGAGGAGAUAUCCGCUACGGAAGGGAAAGUGCCAUGUAAAGUUUUGUUUGAAGAAGCCGUUUUCUCGGCCAGGAAUUAUUACAGCAAUCAGCACGUGUAUCCUUACACUUACCAAGGGGGCUACUUCUACAGAAAUAAAAUGUACGAGGAAGCUUUCGAAAGCUGGGCUAACGCAAGCAACGUUAUCCGAAUGUACAAUUAUUCGAGGGACGAUGAGGAGAUCUACAAAGAAUUUUUGGAGAUCGCCAAUGAACUCAUACCUCAUAUAAUGAAAAUCGAAAGCUCAGGGUUUAGUGCUAAUACGAUAUUGAAGAAGCCGAAAUGUUUCGCCGAUUUACUUCGUUUCUACGACGGUAUUUGUCAAUGGGAGGAAGGCAGCGCUACGCCUGUCUUGCACAUAGGCUGGGCCAAACCUCUUGUACUCACUAUAUCGAGGUUUGAUGCAGAUGUUAGAGCUCAGGUAAACAUAGUCUGUGAUAAGUCUGAAGAGAACAUGUUAAUGAAGAAAAAUGGUACAUAUUUUAAUAAUAAUAAUAAUUACGACAAAGAAAACGGAACGACCAGUAACGAAUCUCCGAGCGUUAAAAAUUCAAACGACAAAGAUAAUUCACCGUUUCAUCCGAGCAUUGAGGCGUUGACAGCGGCAUGCUCAGAAAAAAUCCUGAAUCCUGAGUAUUUAUUGCAAGGUGAUGGAUCACCUUUCGUAGGUGGAGAUUAUCCGGAACGUCCUUCCAGUUCUUCGGAAAAAGAGGAAAAGCGCAACGGCGGGCCGAGUACAUCCAAAGAGGAGCCUUUGGAAAGCCCCUCGUCAUCGAACGGUGACGGUAGUCACGUGGAGACGAAGCCCCUGGUGAUUUUGCGCAGUCAAAAGAUGAAGCAACUGAAGGAUUUGCUGUUGGCCGAAAAGCUGAACACGCAGGCCAUUUCGUUACAUCUGACUGCUCAGUCUCAGGUGCAGGUAGGCAAGAAGGGUCGCGGUGAUAAUUGCGGGGAUAGUUUACGGCCUAAGAGGACGCGUAGGGAAUAGAAAUUGAGUAUGAGAUUCGAGCAACUAAUGUACUUAAUGUAGUUGUAAUUAUACUGUUGAGUUUUGGAUUUGUUCGAUUAGUUUUUAAUUUUAUCUUUUCGAUCCGUAUGGACUAUCGAUAUUUUAUUAUUUAAUUUGUGUAUCUGAUGUUUCUAGGCUUGUACCCGGUGAUUUAGUGACUGUGAUACAAAAUAUAUGUUGUUGGGUGAAGAUGUUAAUCUAUAAUGAAUGGGUAGAUCUCGGUUUUGGUCCCAACACGAUCUUAAACGAAUUUUAUUUUUUAUACUAAACUAUUUUAUUCUCAGUAAUUGUGGAUGUGGGAAAUUUUGUACAUAAAUUGUGUGUCCUAUCAUUUAAGAUUAUUUUGAUUUUUCUCUGCCGAUUACAGGAUAAUUUUCAAUACAAAUUUCAAAUACUUAUUUUAGCUUUUGUGCUCGAAAAAAAUUACAAUUGAAUUUUGUACGUGUUCUGUUUUCAAACGCAAAUUAAGUAAUAAAUAUCGAUAAGUUACUUACUGAAAAAAAUUUUAAAAAAUACUAGGUUUUUCUCCGACAAUAAAAGGACAUUUAAUUUUUACUUUUUACAUAUAUGGUUGGGUUAAUUGUCGUUUGGUACAAAUGAAAAAUAAUGCAGGGCAUUAAAUUAAUUAUUACAAUUACUGUUAUAUAAAUUAAUAGCAAAUUUCAUUGAUCAUAUUUUUUUUAACAUUUUGAAGCAAAUAGUUUUAAUCAUUAAUUUCUGAUAGUUUAAAAAACGAUUGUAAUUAAUUUCUAUGUACCACCCUAUAUGAACAAAUAGCUGUACGAAUGAAAAAAUUCGUAUUUUGAAAAACUAAUAUAGCUUUUUAUUGAGCGAUUGAAUAUUUUAACCAAUUUAAUAUUAUUAUCCUAUACUUGCCAUUUUAG